CCGCGGCCAGAAAAUGCCUUCUCGCCGCCACCGGAAUCUUCAUAUGCAUUGGCGUCCGAACAGGAGCCAGCGCCGCAGAUUGAAGCGGACGCAAUCGACAAUUCUGACACCGAUUCUGCUCUGGGUGUUCCUUUCCGCGAUUCGCUCACAUCGCUGCGGUCAAGCAUUCGCCAUUACCAGCACGAAAAUGGCCGUACGUAUCAUGCCAUGAGUGCGGGGAAAUAUUUCCUUCCAAACGAUGAGUCGGAGGUCGACAGGUUGGGUAGGAAUUCUCCGCAUCGCAUCUGGGUCACAGUGGCUGACUGCCGCACAGAUUUGCAGCAUUAUGUGAUGACUCUUACGAUAGGGGGCAAUCAUUGCCUCUGCCCGAAAAACAUGGGUGCUAAAAGAGUGCUUGAUCUCGGAACUGGCACCGGAAUCUGGUCCAUGGAGUAUGUAUGGCAGGUGAUUGGAGUCGAUCUUAGCCCCGUCCAGCCAGACCUUGUGCCCCCAAAUUGUUCUUUUGAGCUCGAUGAUUUGGAGAAGGACUGGACAUGGUCACGACCAUUCGACUUCAUUUUUUCUCGCAUGAUGACAGGCAGUUUUGCAGACAAUAGAAGUAUUGUUUACAAGGCUUUUGACGCCCUGGAGCCAGGCGGCUAUUUCGAGGCCCAAGAUAUGGCUCUUCCUUUGGGUUGCGACGAUGGAACACUAUCGGUUGACUCAGACCUUUGGAAAUGGGUCCUCCUGGUAAUGGAAGGUAUGGCGAAGUUUGGUAGACCUGUCACCGCUGCGGAGCAGUGGAAACAGCUUAUGGAAGAAGCCGGUUUCGAAGACGUUGUUGAGACCAUCUACAAAUGGCCCACAAACCGUUGGCCUCGAGACAAGCAUUACAAGGAUCUUGGCAUGUGGAGCUUAGAGAACAUGGACCAGGCCCUUGAGCCAGCCACGCUUGCUCCCCUCACAAGAGCUCUUGGCUGGAGUUAUGAGGAGGUUAUCGUUCUAGUCAGCAAAGCCAGAAAGGUAUUGAGAGAUACGAGUGUUCACGCAUACUGGCCGAUAUACAUCGUUCACGGGCGAAAGCCGUAUAGAAGGGAUAGGGGCACGGCGUGA